AUCAUGGUGACGCCACUCGUAACGUCUCUUCCUCUGAUCUUGGUGAUCAUGACUGCGGGGGUUGAUGGUCAGCAGUAUUGGGCAGUGAAUUACGGUCCUUCAUAUGUUUGUGCAUUAAAGGGUUCAACAGUGAAAAUGUUCUGUGUUUUAAACCAUCCACAUGAUCAUCAGCUCACAACAGCCUUCUGGACCAAAUCUGCUGUAACUGAUGGAGAAAUAUCAAACCUGUGUUUAGACCCAGAAAAGAGCGGAAGAGUUCAGUGUGUCAGUGAAUAUAAAGACACUUACAGUAUCACUUUGACGAGUGUAACAGAAGCUGAUAAACACAUCUACUACUGCAGAUUCACUACAGACAGAGGAACAUGGAUAGGGAUUCCUGGGGCUCGGCUGGAUGUCACAGAUCUGCAGGUGGAGACAGAGCAGAGUGUGAAAGAGGGAGAUUCAGUCCGUCUGAUGUGUAAAAGCAGCUGCUCUCUGCCUCAACAAACAACAUUCAUCUGGUACAGAAACACACAGAGAUUAACUACAGGAGUCAUCACAGUGAAUCAGCUUCAGCUGCAGUCAGUCAGUCGUUAUGAUGCAGGAAACUAUCAGUGUGCUGUUUCAGGAUAUCAACAUCUGCCCUCUCCUGCUGUUUAUCUUAAUGUUGAAUAUCCUCCACAGAGCGUCUCAGUGUCCAUCAGUGCGUCUGGUAAAAUAAUGGAGGGAGAUUCAGUGACUCUGAUCUGCAGCAGUGACCCAAACCCACCUGCAGAAAUCAGCUGGUAUAAAGGAGGAAAGUCUGUAGGAUCUGGAAGAAUCUAUAACAUCACAAAGAUCAGCUCUGAUCACAGUGGAGAAUACAAGUGCAAGUCCAGAAAUAAAUAUGGAGAGAAAGACGCAGAUGCUGUGAUGCUGAAUGUGAUGUAUGGUCCAAGAAAUGUUGUGGUGACCCUUAAUUCAUCUGGUGAAAUAGUGGAGGGAGAUUCAGUGACUCUGAGCUGCAGCAGUGACUCAAACCCUCCUGCUCUGAACUUCAGCUGGUUUAAAGGAGAAACAUUUCUGAAAUCUGGUGACACCUACAGCAUCACUAACAUUACGUCUGAAGCCAGUGGAAACGUUUAUUGCUUUGCUAGAAAUGAACAUGGAUCUAAUGGCUCUGCUGCUGUGACUGUGAAUGUCAUGUAUCCUCCAAAGAGCAUCUCGGUGUCCAUCAGUCCGUCUGGUGAAAUAGUGGAGGGAGAUUCAGUGACUCUGAGCUGCAGCAGUGACUCAAACCCUCCUGCUCUGAACUUCAGCUGGUUUAAGGAGAAUCAAAGCUCAGCUGUUGGAUCUGGACAGAGUUUCAGCAUCUCCAGCUUUAACUCCAGUCACAGCGGACGCUACUAUUGUGAGGCUCAGAAUAAACAUGGAUCUCAGAGAUCAGCAUCUGUUUCAGUCUCUGUUAAAGGUGUUCAGAGAGCUGCUCUGCACACAGUUACUGGGAUUGUGGUGGGAUGUGGAGGAUUGAUCAUCAUCAUCAUCAGUGUGUUUAUUAAGAAGAAAAGGAGAGACGGUGGAGCUGAAGUUGUCAGACAAAAUCAGCAGGAUGAUCGUGUGGGCAGAUCAACAGAAACGGCUCCGACCAAUGACGUUCCAGUGUAUUCACUAGUAUCAGCCAAUCAGAGGGAUGAUCUGUAUGCCAACAUUAAAGUGAAGAAACCCAAACGCUCUGGGAAAGAACAAACAGAAAAAGAAUCUGGAGGUGCUGAAGAGAUUCAGUAUGCCAGUGUUCAUCACUUCAAGAACAAAGACAUGAACAAGACUGAAGAGACUACUGAGAUGCAACAUCUAUCUGAUGCCAAUAGAUCUGAGGAUGUGAUCUACAGCUCAGUCAAAUGAAGAACAUGUGGUCGAUCCGCAUACUAUUGAUGCUCAUGGGAAACCUGGAUUUGAGUCCAUCCCAGGUCAUGUUACAGCUCCCUCUCUGCUUGAUUUCAUCCAUUUACAUAUUUAUGGGACUGUUCUGCUGUUUGGACAUUAAUGGCUUUCAGCUUAAAAUCCACUAGUUUAUUACGAUCUUAAUUGUGAAUAUCACACACACUGCCUUCACUCUACACUCACACAUGGACGCCACUCAGACCUGUAAUAGCCCUUUAGCGCUCGCUUUGUAAUGUUAAUGUGGAACAAAUGUUUUCUUUUGUGUGU